AUGGCUACUCUUGUCCUGCUCUCUGCUGCUCUCCUCCUCGGCCUUCUCCUGCCUUCCUCCAUGGCCAACAACAUUCUCUAUGCCGGCGACACGCUGAACACCAGCCAAUCCCUCACCCAAGGGAGCUAUACCUUCAUCAUGCAGUCCGACUGCAACCUGGUGCUGGACGACAACCAGAACCAGGCACUGUGGACCUCUGCCACCAACGGCCUAGGCGACAACUGCUUCGCAAACCUGCAGACCGACGGCAACCUCGUCAUCAACAACGACAAAAACGAGGUUGUCUGGUCGACAAACACCGCCGGCGAGGAGGACCAGUACAUCCUCUUCCUGCAACACGACGGCCACAUCAACAUCUACAAACCUAUAUGGACCCGCCCCAACAACGAUGACAAUUCCACGAACAGGAAGAUCGGCAUGGUGACUAAUAAUUAG